AUGCCCGGGUCGGGCGGAAAACACCGGUGCACGGACCAGUACCCCCACCCCUCUAGCGUGCAACGUACCACUCACGGAGCUACUGAGGGGGGGGGGGAUGUCACGAGUGCGCUGCUGCUGCUGCUGCUGCUGGCGCUGACCACCACCGCAGCCGACCCUCUGCGCAGCGCCACCUCGACCAGCUCCACCUCCUCCGCCGCCGCCGCCUCCACCGCCGCCACCUCCGCCACCUCCGCCCCCACCGCCACCGCCGCCGCCGCCUCCGCCUCCACUGCCGCCACCGACACCUCCACCCCCGCCACCACUCCCACCACCACCCCCACCCCCUCCGCUGCCUCCACCGCCACCUCCGCCACCCUCGCCAGCUCCUCCAGCACCCUUGCCCCCCUUGCCCUUGCCGGUGGCGACGCACAGCAAGACGUGCAGCAGCAUCAUGUGUGGCCCACUGUGAGCAAACAGUGGCUGGGGCAGGAGAGGCACCAGAGGGCAGCUUGGGCAGCUCGGCGGCUCGGCAACUCGGCGGCUCGGGCAGCUCGGGCGGCUCGGCGGUACGGCGGCUCGGCAGCAACUGCGGCUCGGCGGCUCGGACGGCUCGGGCGGCUCGGCGGUACAGCAGCUCGGGCGGCUCGGCGGUACAGCGGCUCGGCGGCUCGGGCGGCUCAGGUGGUGCGGCGGCUCGGGCGGCUCGGGAAGGGCAGCUCUGGGGGCGCAGGGGUAGGCAACGGGGCCAGCACAGGCGGCGCCGAGGCAGGGAAGGGCGGCGUCGAGGCCGCAGGGGUAGGCGACGGGGCCAGCAGAGGCGGCGCCGAGGCAGAGAAGGGCGGCGCCGGGGUCGCAGGGGUUGUCGACGAGACCGUAGGGUAG